AUGGCUGUGAUGAAAGAGAAAACUGCCAGCUGUGUCUCUCCAACCCAAGAGUUUGCUCUUUGUAAGACAAGACCCACACCCAACAACUACCAGCUGUUCAUGGCCUUGGUAUUUGCAGUGACAGAGAUCAAUAAGGAUCUGGUACUCCUCCCCAAUGUUACUCUUGGCUUCAACAUGUAUGACAAUGGCUAUUGGAAGAAGAGGGUUUCUUUAACCAGCCUCUUUCUGCUCUCUACACGUGGCCAAAUGGUUCCAGGUUAUAAAUGUGACCAGCAGGACAUUCUCUUCUCUGUCAUUGGAGGUGACAACCCCCAAUUCUCAAUGCAGAUGGCCUCCAUCUUCAGCAUCUUCAAGGUCCCACAGCUCAGUAUUGGCUUUGAGUUCAUUCAGGGAGAUCGAAGAGUUUAUCCUUCCUCCUUCCGGAUUAAUCCCAAGGAAUUUCCUCAAUUUGUGGGUUUAGUCCAACUGCUCCUAUACUUCCAGUGGAACUGGGUUGGGCUUAUUGUCUCUGAAAAUGAGAACGGAGAACGAUUCCUCUCAACUCUGAGGCCAAUGCUCCUGGAGAAGGAUAUCUGCCUGGCCUUCACUCAAAUAGUAAAACAUGACGCUUCUAAUGCGGAAGUGUACAAAUUCACUUUACAUUCAAAAAUAUGGGCUAAUAUUGAAAUCAUUCUUUCAUUCGGAGAAUCUGAAAUUGUUAAAAAAUUUCUCUGGGCUAUGAACGUUUAUGUAUUUAAUGAAAGGAGACCAAGUGAGAAAGUUUGGAUCCUAACUUCCUAUUGGAAACCACAUGCAAAUGAUUUUCGACAUAGUUGGCACCUUUUUAAGCACUUGCAUGGGUCUCUGCAUUUUAGGGAUCACAGUGGUAUUAUCUCAGAAUUCAGCAAUUUCCUCCUCUCUUUAGACCCUUUGAAUCCACAAAGAGAUAUGAUUCUCCCACUGUGGUGGGAAAGGGUCUUUGGCUGUGAAUUCCACAAACCAGGUGACUAUUUUGUAAAAUGGAAGAAAUAUUGUACAGGAAAAGAGAAUUUACGGAAUCUGCCAACCUACAUAUUUCAAACAAGCAUGACUGGUGAAAGUUACAAUAUCUACAAUGCCAUUUAUGCUCUGGCACAUGCUUUACAUGCACUGUAUGGAUCUGGAUCACGACCAGCCAUGAUGAAGUUUGGAAAGAGUAUCUCUAGUGUUCAGUCCUGGCAGCUCCUUCCUUAUUUGAUGAAUGUCCACUUCAAUAACAGUGCUGGAGAGGAAAUCUCCUUCUCAGAAAAAGGACUGGGAUCUGCUCGUUAUGACCUUCUCAAUUGGGUUCGUCUCCCCAAUCGAUCAGUUGUCCUUCUGAAAGUUGGGCAAAUAAAUCCCGGGGCUCCCCCAGGAGAGAGGAGAAGUGUCCCAGAGGACAAGCAGGUUUGCUGCUAUCAAUGUGGCCCUUGUCCAGAAGGGACCAUUUCUAAUCAGACAGAUGCAGCUAAAUGUGAUUCUUGUCCAGAAGAUCAAUACACUAACAAGGAUAUGAUCAACUGCAUUGCCAAGAAGCUCCACUUCCUUGCCUAUCAAGACCCCCUGGGAUAUGCUUUAGCUUCUUUAGCUCUUUUCUUUUCCCUGAUCACAACUACUAUCGUGGUGAUUUUCUAUAAACAUCAUGACACACCGAUCGUCAAGGCCAACAACCGAGAUCUCACCUACAUCCUCCUGGCUUCCCUCCUGCUCUGCUUCCUCUGCUCCUUCCUCUUCAUUGGUCAACCUGGGAAGCUCACCUGCCUCUUCCAACAAUCUGCCUUUGCCAUUCUCUUUUCCCUUGCAGUUUCUUCUGUCUUGGCAAAAACUGUCAUGGUGGUUCUCGCCUUCAUGGCUACCAAGCCAGGGAACCGGACAAGGAAUCUUUUGGGAAAACCACUGACCACUUCCAUUGUGUUAGGUUGUCCCCUGGUCCAAACAGUCCUUUGUGCCAUUUGGCUGGCAAUUUCUCCCCCAUUUCUCAACUUAGACAUCCACUCCUUGUUUGGAGAGAUCAUCUUAGAAUGUAAGGAAGGCUCAGCUUCAUUUUUUUAUGCUGUCCUCACUUACCUGGGUCUCCUAGCCCUUGUCAGUUUCACCGCGGCAUUUCUAGCUAGGAAAUUGCCUGACAGUUUUAAUGAAGCCAAGUUCAUUACUUUUAGCAUGCUGGUCUUCUGUAGUGUUUGGAUCACCUUCAUCCCCACCUACCUGAGCACCAAAGGGAAGUCCAUGGUGGCUGUGGAGAUCUUCUCCAUCUUGGCCUCUGGGUCUGGUCUCUUGGCUUGUAUCUUUUUCCCUAAAUGCUACAUUAUCCUACUGAGGCCGAAUCUGAAUUGUAAAGAGAAUAUAAUGAAGCAGAAGAAUUGCUGA